AUGGUAUACCUGUUGUUUGGAAUUCUCAUCGGAGAAAUCAUGGAGGCUUAUAUUGACGAUAUGGUCGUGAAAAGUCUCAAGGCCGAGAACCACCUCUCUCAUCUUGCCGAGGUCUUUGGAAUAUUGAAGAAGCACAAGCUACGGCUUAACGCCGAAAAAUGCGCCUUCGGAGUUAGCUCCGGGAAGUUCCUCGGCUAUUUGGUUACUAGGCGUGGUAUUGAAGCAGAUCCGAACCAGAUCUCAGCUAUUCAGCAAUUGAAACCACCAUCCACCCCUCGGGAAAUUCAGAAGUUAACCGGGAUGGCAGCGGCUCUCAACAGGUUUAUUAGCCGCUCGUCAGAUAAAUGCCAUGUCUUCUUCCAAACUCUUAAGAAGCAGAGCCGACGAAGUUUCAAAUGGACAGAAGAUUGCGAUACAGCCCUCUCCGAGCUGAAAUCCUAUCUUUGUUCGGCACCUCUUCUUGUCAAACCAGUAGCUUUUGAAACUCUCCAUCUCUAUUUAGCUGUCUCUCCACAUGCAGUAAGCUCGGCACUUGUCCGACGGGAAGGCCUUGAGGACCAACCAAUCUACUUUUCGAGCCGAACCUUACUCCCAGCACAGACUAGAUAUCUGCCACUGGAGAAGCUUCUUCUAGCAUUGGUUACAGCAGCUCGGAAACUUCUUCCUUAUUUUCAAGAGCACCCCAUCAUAGUUCUCACGGAAUUUCCACUUAAAAAUCUCUUGAGGAAGGCUGAUCUAUCAAGCAGAGCCCAAGUAUUGGCAGACUUCAUUGCUGAAUUCACCCCUGGAAGCCCGGACGAGAAAACAUUGGUCAAGCCUAAUUAUGGGAUGCUAGAACAACAAGAGGCUCGGAAAACCUGGAACCUAUUCAGUGGAGACGUUUGGAAGUUGCACGUUGAUGGGGUAUCAAACAGCAACGGCGCGGGUGCAGGGGUUGUCCUCCUAAUCGUCAAUCAAGUAACAGGUGAUUAUGAAGCUCGAGACCCAAGAAUGAUUAAGUAUCAAGCCACGGCUCUAGAGCUAAUCCGAGGGUUCAAGGGAUUCCUAAUCGAACAGAUCAACAGAGAGAACAACGCUCAUGCCGACGCUCUAGCCAGUUUGGCCUCAGCAAGCAAAGCAUCUGAUUACCGACACAUCAGCUUCGGCGAGAUCCACCAGCCAAGCUUCGAAGUCUCGGAAGAAGUAUUCAACAUUUCCCUCGGCCCUAGUUGGAUGGAUGAAAUCGUCUCGUUCCUCAAAGACGAUACGCUUCCCUCGGACAAAAAGGAAGCCCACCGUUGGGGCUUGGAUAUAGUUGGCAAACUUCCAACUGCCCCUGGGGGCUUCAAAUUUUUGAUCACCGCAACGGAUUACUUUUCAAAGUGGGUUGAAGCCGAGCCAUUAGUCACAACGACUGAAACAGACGUUCGGCGAUUCGUUUGGAGGAACAUCGUCACAAGGUUCGGCGUGCCUUAUGCAAUUGUUUCGGAUAAUGGCUCCCAAUUCGUCGGAAAAGAGUUAACUGGACUCUGUGCUGAGUUCGGAAUUAGAUUCUUCAAUUCAACCCCAUCCUACCCCCAGGGCAACGGCCAGGCUGAAGCCACAAACAAGACUGUCUGCGCUGGUAUCAAACGUCGGCUGAACUCUAAACGAGGAAAAUGGGCCGAAGAGCUGCCUCGGGUCUUUUGGGCCUAUCGCUCCACUCUAAGACGUUCCACUGGCCAAACUCCCUUUGCAAUGGCCUUCGUCAUGGAGGCUGUGAUCCCACUGGAAUCAAGGUUCCCGACAUUGCGCACCGAAACUUUUGAUCUAGAAUCCAACAAUGAUGCAGUGGCAACCGAGCUUAUCUUAGCCGAAGAGAAGCGAGACGAUGCUCAGCUCAAGUUAGCCAACUAUCAACAAGAAGUCGCUCGGGGCUACAAUCGAAGCGUAAGGCUUAAGAAGUUCAGAACCGACGACUGGGUCUGGAGGAAGGUUGUCUGA